UUCACUGUGGACCAUAGAAGACACCGCUGUCUUUUCAUGCUGUUUUAUUGCUGAUAUGGCUGAGGGACCGCCUGCACAGACGCAGCCGGUGGAAAUAGACCCAGACUUUGAGCCUCUCUCCCGUCCCCGGUCCUGCACCUGGCCGCUCCCGGACCUCAUCGACCCGGCCAGUUCCAACACAUCCUCCCCGGCGCCGUCGGUGCAGCAGGAGCCGGUGGGGAACCCUGAGUACAUCAGUAACCUGGCUCUGCUGGAGGAGGACUACGGCGAGUAUGCAGAACACAAACCACCGGUGCCCUGUAAUGAGUACCAGUGUCUACAGGGAAGCAGUGUGCAUCUGCCUCCUCAUCAUCACCAUCAUCAUCAUCAGCAGCAGCAGCACCAUCAUCAUCAUCCAACCCAGCCUCAGCCUCAGCCUCAGCAGCAGCUCCUGAGCCCACAGCUGCCUCCUCAACAACAGGUGCCUCCUCCUGGUGUGACACCUUUGGGUGGCCCCAGUCAGAGGAAAAGCAGCUCGUCCCGUCGGAACGCCUGGGGGAACAUGUCCUAUGCUGACCUGAUCACCAAGGCGAUAGAGAGCUCACCUGAGAAGAGACUAACCCUGUCUCAAAUUUACGACUGGAUGGUCAAGAGUGUGCCUUACUUCAAGGAUAAAGGAGACAGUAACAGCUCUGCAGGUUGGAAGAACUCCAUCAGACACAACCUUUCCCUGCACAGCCGCUUUGUGCGAAUACAGAAUGAGGGAACGGGAAAAAGCUCCUGGUGGAUGUUGAACCCGGAGGGCGGUAAGAAUGGAAAGUCACCGCGACGUAGAGCUGCCUCCAUGGACAACAACAGCAAGUUUGCCAAAAGCAGAGGAAGAGCAUCAAAGAAGAAGACAUCUCUACAGGAAGGGGUUGAGGUUGGAGCAGGCAGCCCUGGGUCCCAGUACUCAAACUGGCUCGGUAGCCCCAACUCCCACAGCAACGAGGACUUCGAAGCCUGGGGCACCUUUAGGACCCGAACCAGCUCUGACGCCAGCACUCUGAGCGGCCGUCAUUCACCUUUCCCCUCUGAACAGGAUGACGUAGGGGAGUCCGAUGUCCACAUAUUGUAUCCCUCGGGGCAGGGGGCGAAGAUGACCCCCGCCCUCCCCAGCCUGUCAGAGGUGGCUGGAUCCAUGGGCCGACACAGCUCAGAGAAUGUCAUGGAGAACCUGCUGGACAACCUGAACCUGCUGUCACCUAAAAACCCCCAGCUGGGCUCUGACUCCUCACAUUCAUCAAAUGCCCCCCUGCUUCAGAAUAACCCUUACACUUCCCCUAGCUUAACCCCCCACCAUCAGCAGGACUACCGUAAGUGCAUGUACAACCAGGUGAGGAUGAACUCGUUGUCCCCUGUCCCCAUGCAGACGCUUCCAGAGAACAAGGCUGGCUUUGGAGCUUAUGAGAACCAUUAUAACUGCCCUCCUGGCCUCCUCAAAGAGCUGCUGACCUCUGAUGCAGAUGCCAGCAGGGACAUGAUGCCCUCUAGGGACUCAAUGGUGCCUCAGGUUGGGAGGGGGGGUUGUUUAAUGCCUACUUACAACAGCCAGAGCCAUGUGGGGGGGCAUAAUGAAGUAAAAAUGAUGAAUCCUCCUCAAACUCACCCAAUUCCUCAUGUAAGUCCACAAUCCAUACAUAGCCAGGGUCCCUUAACCUCACGAGACCUGAAUAGCUGUAACAUGAUUCCUCUGACUAGUCUGAGUAGCAUGUCAGGGGCCUCUCCUCGAAUGACCGCCCUGAGGACAUGCAUGCAGCUGCCUCAUGGACACCCAGCACACGGUAAUGAUGUCACAACACAGCACACAGGCCACAGCAGCAGCAACGGAUACAGGGAGCUGAAUGUGGUUCAUCCACGAGGUCAUCCCCUAGAGCGACUACCUAGUGACCUGGAUAACAUGUCCAUCGAGAGGUUCGAGUGUGACAUGGAGUCAGUGCUCCAUGAUACCCUCAUGGACGGAGGAGGGCUGGACUUUAACUUUGACCCUGCAGGAGGCCCUCAGGGUUUUCCCCCUAGGGUAAAAACCACCUCGCAUAGCUGGGUGUCAGGCUAGAACAUGCUGAUCCUGAGGCUAUUGUUCUAACAGUAAAUAUAUGUAAUAAAUUAGAGAGGCACUCAAGGACCCACAGUCCUGCGGGAUAUCGAAAAUUUAGCCGAAUCUGAAUUUUAGGCCUUGGUGUUAAUUUGAUCAAAUAUGUAUCAAAGUUAAACCAGAUGACGGAAAAAACAUAAAUAUAAACAAAAACCCACUAGCAAACACCUGCAAUCAAACAAUGCUGUUUAACGUCACUGUUGUGUAAUUCAGUCACACUUACAAAAAUGUGAAAAAUCUUUAUAGUAGUUUUUAUUUAAUCCUGCAGACAGGUUAUGCGAUCUCUCUUGGCAACAGUAAGAAGUACUUAAUAUUUUAAAAGAAUAUUUCUCAUCCCUCCCAGGUGUUUCAUACCAUCAUGCUACUCAUUUCCGUAUUCAACAACAAAAAAAAAAGCCACUGUUAGGAUUCUCCCGCUGUGGCUUCUUCUGAGGUUUCCACCAAUAUUUUCUUUUAUUUCCAGCACAGGGUUCUUUUGUUUAUUUGAGGGGAUGGGGGGGUUGCCUGGACAGAGGGUAUUGUAAAUUGUAUAGAUUGUAAAGCCCUUUGAGGCAUAUCAGUGAUUUGUGACAUUGGAUGAUAUAAAUGAAUUUUGACAUAUUUCCAUAUCUUUAAUUGCAGGUCCACGCAUUUUCAUUAAUUAGCAUUUAGGAGACAACACUGUUUACGCACAAAGAUUCAGAUACUGAAAUAAGACACAACUCGUGUGCUAUGUUUACAAUUUCAUGUUUAAAAACUGGAAAUAUAUAUAUAUAUUACAGAUUUAUGGUAAAUCACAAUGCAAUAACUGCUCAAAAUAUAGGACCCUUAGGCAAUCUGAUAUGUUGGUCUAAUGUUCCCAUCACAUUUCAUGUGACGGUGCCACUGAACAAUAAAACAGACUUCUCUGAGAAAACCUGAAGGACUGUACGGUGCAAUGAAAAAUCAACAUUUCACAGAUACAUCAGGAAUAAUCAUAAACGUAGUUGGGGUUUAUUACAUAGAGCUGAAGUCCCACCCCUUCUGGUUCUGCCCCAUGGGACAAAAAAUAUUAAAGUAAAUGGUGAAAGACAAGUCAUUUUUGGAUCCCAUUUACUCAUAUUUUUGUCAAUUUGAAAGAUCAUUUAAAAAGUCAAGAAAGUUGCAGUUUGUUGUAAAACUAUCAGACUGCAGAAAUACAUAAAUACAAUGACUACACAGCCAAAAGUCACAAAGAUGACGUUAUCGUUACUGUUUCUCUCCAGGAGCUGCUGAAAAUCUCUGUACAGCUUCAACAUACCCAGACUUGUGCUGAUUUCCACCUCUUUUUAAACUUUUUGAACUUUCUCUUGAAGAAUGAGGUAAAAUAUGCCAAAGCAGCGGCUGUUUUGUUAUUGCUGACGUGCAUAUUUGUACACAAAGCUAGAUUUUUUGUCACUAUCUUUACCUAAAAUUGUGACUUUCUCAACUCAUGAAAAUUUGAUGAACAUCAUAUGAAUAAACAGUGGCACAAUUGAAAUGCGAUCUUAAAUCAUUUGUGUUUCGCCAUUGACUAUCGGGACUUCGGCCCUCUACAUCCUCUGCAUCUUUACCAUGGCUAUGAAUAACUGAGUUCGGCAGAAAAACACACAACAAAUAAAUUAUCAGUCGAAUGAAUCAGUCACACCCUAAUAGUUGAUACGUUAUGCAUUCAGAUAUUGCAUUCUGAUGGACCAAACAUCAGCUGAAUGACAUAAAUGUUAGUUUUUCAGGGUCACAAUGGAGAGAGAUUAAUUGAUUGUGCAGAAAUGACUGUAGUUGGUUAAUUUUGCAUCAAGUAAAGCAUAUAAAACUAAAAAUCUUCAAUCAUUUAAUCACAAGGCCGGAAUGUAACAAGACAGAUGUGACGGUACAGUACUGUCAGCAGCACUCACAUUAUGUAUCAGCCAUAAAUGCUUCGUUUUAGGUCUCAUUAGUGACCCUGAGACAGACUCUGUGAUCAUUCACCAUUCUAUGCUAUAUUUAUUUAUGCUUUCUGUAAUUAUUUUCUGUAAUGGACAUCUGCUUCCUAAUGUUUGUAAAUUUAAGAUGUGUAUAUGCUGUGUGCAGUUUAUUAUAUACUAUUUUAAGUUACGUGAUAUUCUUAUGCUGUAACAUAUUUAACAUGCAAACUGAUAUUGAAAGAAAAUUUAACAUCAUUAGAGGUGUUGCCUCCUAAAAACAGCUUCAAGUCAUAUAUGAAGUGGUUUUAUUUUGUCAUUAUGCAAAGAGAUUUAAUACCAGACAGACAAGAUAAAGAAGCUAAUAAUAAAAAACAAAUGGAGAUGAUCUGUAAGCAGCUACAGUUUUGAUGCACCAAAGACUUUUCUACUUUUCCAAACAAAUUUCAGUUUCAUUUGGAAAAAUUGCAGUGCUUAUAUAGUCUCGCAGACUCAUAAAGGUGUAAAUAUUAUUUUCUUGAUUACAUUUUUUUGUAUAUGAAGGCUUUGUUUGACUUGUAAGGCUUAAACAGAAGUAUUAUACCGCUAUGACUUUGUUAUACAUUGUUGUUUACAUAGCUCAGUUAAAACUAUAUCUAUAAAUAUAUGAACACACAUACCUCAAAAUAUUUUACCUCUCAAGUGCUGAAAGGAUUUUUCCUGCCAUGUGUCGCAUACAUGUCUUCACCUUUAGGAUAGUAAUACUUAUUUCCUUUUUUGUAUUUGAUUUAUGCUGAAAUCAGUCGUUUUUAUUCAGUGUUACAGACCUCGCCUUGUAUUUUUAAGGUUUUCUUGUGCUUGAGGACAAUAGCCAUUAGUUUAUAGCAAUUAUGUUGUGAC